AUGCCGCUGACCCGGCUCUACUUCAUCAUUGCUUCCGCCGCCUUGGAAGCCUAUGGCGGACUUUAUCGGUUCACGGACUGGGACUGCCGACAAGCAGGCACAGGGCUAGUCCACUGGAACGACCUCAGGAAUGCGGCUGCCACAGAAGCGAGCAUGAUGCAAACGCCUUUACUCAAUGUCGCUAGCAUCUCGAACACUGCAAAGGAGGUUGGGGGAUCCCCAGAAGCAUGGGAGACGCUGUUCGAGGAGUGUCCUAUUGGCACCAUUUUCAUACUUACUUUGGAACUUGGCAGCUGCAUGGCAAAGCAUUUGCGAGACCCAAUCAAGCCAUGUGAGGGAAUUGGGGGCUUCCUCAUGGACAUCAUGUUUGCCAGGAACAUCUCCAUGGCUGUCAUGCUGACAACAUCUUGGCCUGUGCAAAACGCCCUUCAUAUGCCUUUCCUGUUCCAGCUUGGCAAGGACAAAUCCACCAUUUGGCAUUCCAUUCAGACUGACCCCUCAAACAAUUGUGAAGGCGAUGGUAUUUGGCCAGAAGUGCGACGCCAGCUGGGAGCAGCCCUCGGCGAUGAGCAGCUGCUGUUUGGGCCGUUUCGUAACUUGAUUUUCUCGCCGGAGAUUCUGAAACUGGAAAAUUAUCUGAUGAAAAACCCAGGCGGGUUUGUGCCAGGUUGCGCUUUUGGCUGGAUUGCCGUGCUGCUUAUAAAGGCCAGCAUAGCCUGGCACACUGACACAUUCUCCUAUUUCUCCUAUCACUGGACCUUGAAGCCCUACCUGGCCGAGCUAAAGUUUUGGGAGUUCUUCGGGUCCAGCUGGUUCCUGAACUUCCUUUUUGGUCGGCUUUGCAUGUUCCACCGUACCAACAUGGAGAUGGGGUUCCUGGAUGCUGAGCUCCUCCAGGAUUUGGCGCCUGUGAGUUCAAUCGGAGCUUUGAGGCUCGAGGCCUCACCGAUUUUCCGAGCUGCAGCCGCAGCCGCACUUGGUCAUGGCACGAAGGCCUACGUUGUAAAAGGCGAGACGCGUCUCUUCGCUUAUGCGGUGUACGUUUGGGGCGAGGACAUCAGCAAUGAGCUUGACUUCGUCAAGUGGCUCCCAGCCUACAUCACACACUUCCACAGCCUUGGCGUGUACAAUCUGAUUAUUUUCGGCGAUGAGGCUGCAUAUGAAGCAUGUUCUGGAGUGCUCCACGCAGUGUGCCUCCACAUGCCGACGAAGAAUUCGCUGCAUCGCUACACUGUGCCGCUAGUUUUGAUGAAUCUGGGCGUGGAUGCCUUUGUCAUGGAUUUCGAUAUCUAUGCCUUCAAGGACCCGACGCCUGUCUUAAUCUCGGAGCUGGAGAGCUACAGUGAUGCCCCCGAGAUGCUGCUGGCUGCUUCCUAUGGCGACGCAUGCAUUUGUAAUGCCCUGGUGUUCUACCGGAGCACGCCCCGCCUCCGCCACUUUACCCACCCCUGGAUCGUGAAAGCGGAGAAGCUUUCGAUCACUUCCCCGGGGUAUCCUGCAAUCUCUUGGGCGCUGCUGGAUCCAGGCGUGCAGUUCUCCUCCUCCGCAAAGCUAGACACUUCUGGUUGGGCAGGCAAUCCUGAGGAGAUUGUCAUCUAUCACUUCUUUUUCGGAGCGUGGUUGGAAGCCGAAAGCGCCAUCACCGUGGAGCGAAGGGUUGAUGAUGUCUUCGACGUUUUCUACAACAUGACAUGUCAGGGAGAGAAAGCGGCCUGCAAGGAGAGGAGGGCUCAAAGGAUUUUGGAACACCUCAUGGCCAAUAGAAAAGGCGAGUCUCGCCCUCCCACAGACAGAGCGUGCUACACGCUGCCUUAUGAGGAAUUUGCCAGCAAAUUUGCUGGCCCUGACAAUCUAGGCAAAGGAUUCCUAGAUCAGCAACGAGAUGAAAUUACGACAAAAUGCUUGGCUACCUGCAGCCAACGCUUGGGAGUGUGGGGGGGAUUAGCCAGUAGAUUGUUUAGGGUGUUCUUGGGACUGUAA